UUGCGUCUGGCCUCUGAAAAUAUUAUGUAUUGUGUCGCCUGUCACCUCUCUACCAAUAAUUCUGAAAGGGUCAAUCCGAAGGUCUCGCUGCUCUUCCCAUGCCUUGCCUCUUGAGAGGCUUAACUCCAACGAAGAAGUUCGGUUUUGCUGCCGGAGUUUCAAAAGCGUAGUUUUUGCGAAGGCUGAAGCAUGAACAUUUCUGUGACGAGGCAAAAGUUCGCGUUUUUUAUUUGUUAGGUGAUGGGCUCUAUGUUUUUUCCUCCUGAUUCCGUGGUUUCUCCUUCCAAGGAGCAGGCUUUUGGCAUUGAUCUCGAGAUUGGUGCGAAUUCAAUGGUCAGUGAAAAAGAAGGGCGAAGCGGUGAUGUUUCCUGCAUUGGAAUGGUGACGGAUGAUCGAAACGUUAUGAGCUCGCCCAAAGAUUUAUCUAGGGUUGAUGGUCGGCCUUCUGAUGAGGGGAAAGUUAGAUACUUUGUGGGACAGGAUGAGAUGAGCCUCAUGGAGAGCAAGAGCGGGAAGGAGAGGGUGAAGGAGAAGUCUCUGAGAAAACCUUCCAAGCCCCCAAAGCCGCCAAAGGCUUUGUCGCUUGAUCCUGCGGAGCAGAAGAUAGCGAGAGAGAUGGCCGAGCUUGCUGUUCAGAAGCGUUUGAGGAUGGAAAGGAUGAAAGCAAUAAGAAACAUGAAGAAUGCGAAUGCAGGAUUCAAUAUCGGCAAAUUCUGCGCAUUGUUUGUUACUGUUCUCUUCUGUGUCAUUAUAAUCUGGCAUGGAAUGACUUCCAACGGUGGUUCAGUUGUUAAAGCUGAUGGUUCUGAUGCAAGAUCUCUAUUAAAUUAUGGGGGUCCCUAUCACUAAAUUAAAGCUUCAAGAAAUUUCUUCUGCGCCCGCCAUUUCCAGGGAUGACACAGCUUUUUAAGCUGCUUGCUUAAUUUUAUUACACAGAUUCAGAAGAAGCCAUAAAGUUCAUAAUAAUUAAUUUUCUGGUUCAUCAGGGACUGGCAUUCUUCUGUAACCACAGAGCCGCCCAUUCAUCCAUCAUUCAUCCAACCAACCAACCAAAUGUAAAUAUGGGUUGUCUUUUUAGAUCUGAAUUUUUUAUGUCAAUAUCAAAUAUGACUUUUACUUCUCUUUGUUUAUAUUUAUGCACUUAUUAACUGUUUGAAUGAAUGUGAACCUCAAAAGCUUCUUAUGGCCUACUACUGA